GGUUCGGCAGAAGGGCAGGACCGCGUCCCCGGAGCUGCCUCAAGCAGCUAGCUCUUUAUUCAGACGGAGCAGUUUCUAUAUUUGGUUUAAACGCCAAAGAGAGGCUGGUUGAGUUUCGCCACUGAGGUUGUUCCAAGACCGCAUGUGGAAAUCUGCGUCUGAAUCCGGAGGAAACGCAUCCAAGAGAGAGAAACCUGCCGACCCCCUCAGAGAAAGUGACGGACGGAGCAGAGCCUGAUCGCCGGGAUUUUUUUUUUCUUUUUUGCAUCAGUUUAGGAUAUUCCAGGCUGCUGCUUUUGGCCCUGCCUGGAUUUCGUUCAGGGUAUAUCAACACAAUAAUUGCCUGAAUCAUAUUCCUAAACAUUUACUUUUGCAAUCUAUAUUUUUUUUUUUAAAAAUUGCUCAUAAGAAGGAGACGGACCCAUGCGUAAUAACAACGCUGGAUUUUUAUUAUUUUUUAUUUUUUUUGGAAUACUGCGUAAAACAGUCCAGUUUUUCAUUGUUUGGAAGUAUUCUCAAGCGACAGAAAAGAGCGAGUGUUUCUUUUCACUUUGCUUUCAGAGGUUAAGCGCUGAAAAACGAGAAGCGCUUCUCGGUGCGCAAUCCUUCCGAGGACGCUUCUGAGAGACUCCGCCGACCUGCGCUCUUAACCUCCACAUUCUAUCGGCAGCCGAGUCGAGCUAAUAAAAGGGAGGAGGAAAAAAAAAAAAGGGGGGCGAAGCUUAUUAACUUUGCAUGCUCAAGGCGAGAUUGUGGAAUCUUUAAUUUUUGCAUACCACUGGAAGACGAGGAUAAACUUAAUCAGCAUUGAAUCUUUGCAGAGGAGCAGCAGCAGCUGGAUUUCUGGGGGGAAGCGGAAUGAAUCCUUUUUAAUUUGGCCCAAAGAAGAAUGAGGCAGAUUGCUUAACGAUUGCAUGGAGUUCUAGUCUGCGAUAAGGAACAAUUUAUGGUUGUCCGCAGAACUCCCCCGGCUGUAAUACUGUGCCCACCUCGCCAUGCUGGCCUGUCUGCAGAGGAGGCAGAACCCCCCGCCCCAGCACCCGGUGUGUGUCAGCAAGACCUUGGAGCCGCCGCAAGUCCUCGGACGGAAAUGUGACCUGGUGGUACCUUCACUUUCCUCACGGUACCCUACAGCAGCAGAACUCGAUGCUUAUGCUCAGAAGACGGCAAACAGCCCACUGUCCAUCAAGAUUUUCCCCACCAACAUCAGGGUUCCCCAGCACAAGCACCUUAACCGGACUGUAAACGGAUAUGAUACCACGGGGCAGCGCUACAGCCCUUACCCCCAUCUCCACACAGGAGGGUACCAGGGUCUCCUUGCCAUCGUCAAGUCCUCAUCGUCGUCAUCAUCCACCUUUGGUCACUCCAAAGGCGUUCUCAAGAACUCAGAAGGCAGACGGACUAAGCUCUCUCCAGCUCACAUAGCUGUGGCGCCGUAUCCACCCCCUAAUAGUAGCACUUUAGCCAGCAGUCAUGGCCAAAUGGUAUACCACUCUGGGCCCUCAAAGCCUCCAGAAGGCUCUGGACAUUCAGUACCCCCAAAUGUCACUGUGGCUGGCUCUGUGAUUCCUGUAACCGGGGGCCGAGGCCUGUCCCUGCCUGCACAGUCUAAUCUCCCCUCCAUUCAGAGUAUCAUCUAUCAGAUCAACCAACAUUGCCAGGCUCAGGCCCUGCAGCAGGUGUGUCAGGGGGCUUCCACUGCACCAACAAAUUCCAGCCCCUCCAAGCAGGUCACAGCAGUCAUGGGGGUCGGUUCGAGCUCCUCGGGGGGAGGCUAUGUCGUCGGGAUGGGUCCCCAGGCUAACAUGGUGUACACGGGAUCAGGGCUGCCAGCGCAAAGUGCAGAAGUAAUGAAGAGCGGCGUAUACGCGGAGGGUAUGGACUACAUCCUGUGGCAGAAACAACAGCAGCAACAACACCAACAGCAGCAACAACAACAGCAGGCCGUCCUCCGCAUGUACAGCGGAGGCAGCGGAGGAGGGGGCGCCAUCAGCAAGUCCCCCGAAACCUGCAUUCCAGGUGGGGGAAUCAUGGCAGCCCAGGUGUCCUCCUCCUCCUCCUCCAGGCCUUACCACCUGACGGCGAGUGCCAGCGGCGGGGGCGGGCUUGACAAAGUCAGCUCUUCCCCUUUGAACUGUGUGGGCAUGCACGGGAAUUUCUCAGUGGGUCAGUACUUUGCACCGCCGUGGAACAGCGUGCUGGUGACGCCCGACAGUGACUGCUACAACCCCCAGGAGCUGCUGGGCACCUCCACGGGAGGCCCGGCGACGGGCCACAGAGAAAUGGGCUAUCCUCACCACCAUCACCACUACCACCAUCACCACCACCACCCCGCCGUUGACAGCGGCGGGGGUCUGUGCUGCAGCCUGCCCAGCAAGAGCCUGUGCAACACUUCAGUGCUGAGCAGCAGCCUGCAGUCUCUGGAGUAUCUGAUCAACGACAUCCACCCGCCCUGCAUCAAGGAGCAGAUGCUCGGCAAAGGCUACGAGACUGUGUCGGUGCCGCGGCUGUUGGACCACCAGCAUGCACACAUCCGCCUUCCUGUUUACAGAUAGAACGGACGGGUGGGAGAGAGAAGAGGAAGAAAUUAAUCAAGAGUUGUGAAUUUAUGAAGAAAAAUCAAGACAGAGAUGUUACGGGACUGUUGCGAGUGCCACUGCUUUAACGACCGCGACGUCUUAGAGAAGAGCAGUGGCUGCGCUGUGUGACCGUAGAUUUUCUGGUUUCAAAGCAGGCUGUGGGGGAUCCCUAACACAAAAGGUAGUAGUUACUGCCAGCGGGAUGGAAAAGGGAUUCCAAGAUUCUCCUGAUGUUCCAUUGUGUGGUUUGCCAAUAGGAUUUUUGGAUUAAUAAUUUUUUUUUUUUUUUUUGCUUUGUUGUUUUAUCUUCUUAAACUGUUUUUUUGAUGAGAAUCAUAGCUUGACAUGAAGUGCAUACGCCACUUGUAUCUCCUCUCCAAAUACUAAGGAUGAAGCUACUGUGUAGGUUGUCACUGAAAUGGUCUUAAAGGGCCAGCGCUUAGGGCUGCUUUUAAAACCCAAAAGUCAGUAACAGUACAUGCGUAUAGAAAUGUGCUGGAAAAAAAAAACAGAGGAUUACUAGCAGUUCUAGGGUGUUCUUAUAAAAAGGAUCACAAGGUUGAAUCUAAAAGGGUAGUACAAUAUUAGUUAUUGUUGCUGUUAUAAUUGAUAAAUUAAUUGCACUGCUUGAAUUUUGUUAACUUUGAAGUUUGGAAUUGGGUAGUUUGGAUAUGAUAUAUUUAAGAAACUUGAAAAACUUGAACCUAUUUUUUGUUGUUUGAUAUAUUUGUAGGUAUAUUAUAUGUAUUGGCUGCUACAAGGAAAAGUGUCUCAACUGUUUUUUUUUAUCUUAUUCUAUUGUUUUCCUUUUUUCGUCACUAUGAUUUAAAAUUUCCUCGUUAAGCUGACGUGCAGUCUCUUAUGUUCUCUUAUGUUCUCUUAUGUGAGGCAGAGUUGCUGCUUUCGGUUCUGUAAGAACCUGAACGGAGAGCUUUUUUUUUUUUUUUUUUUUUUUUUCCUAACCAACACUGGAACCGACAGUAAAUUUCAAAAAUACUUAUUUAAAAGAAAAAAAAUGUUGCAAAAAAUACGAAAAACAAAAAGAAAUGUUACAGUAAAGAAUGUGACUGGGAGGGAACAGAGAUAACCUUAUGUGUACGGCAGCUUGUAAAGGUGACGUUUGACAUUUUCGCUUUUUCUUUUUUCACCGUUCGACCCCAAAUCUCAGAGGUUUUUAUUUUGAUUCAUGUGUCAGAUCAACACAGAGUUGUGCCUAAUUGGGAACUGGUUUUACUUUUUUUUAUUACAAAAAAACACACUUAUCCUGUCCAGGUAGGAGAAAAACAUACCCAUAUGAUGAAGCUGCCACCACAGGAGCAUGUUUACUGUGUCCCGUACGCAGCUUCUGGCAAACUGCACAUGAGAUUUAUUUUGACUUUGGAAUAUUGUUUUAUAAUCUAAAUUUCCCAUCACUCAUUCUUUGACCUAUCUGCUAUAUUCUUGGUCUUCAUGUUUGUGUUCAAAUGUUCCCAAAAAAAAAACAAAAACUUAUUUAUCAGAUCUUGAGCAGAUGGCAUACAAUGAAAUGGAAUUAAACACAAGAGGCUAAAAAAAAAUUUCAUCUUUUUCUUUCCACGUCACAAUCAUGCACUACUUUGUGUUGGUCUAUCACACAAAAUCUCAAUAAAACGCUCUGAAAUUUCUGUUUGCAACAUGAAAAACGGCUUUAAUGUCAAAGGGGAUACCUUUCCAAGGCGCUGUAUGUUGAAGCGUGUGUGCGUCGGAGUGCAUGUGUGUUUGUUUGUACCUUCUUAGUUUGUGUUCUUCAAAAUCCUCAGACUUUUUUUUUUAUUUUAUCGUGUGAUCCACCAGACUUUUCCGGCGAGACUGACCGACUGAUUCAGCAGUCCCAUAAACAUUAUGACGAACAUUAUGACUGAGUUAUGUACAGGGGAUAACUUGCUCCUUUUCAUUGGAGGCUUUAGAUUUUCUGUGCAGGUGGAGUCAUUUGACUCCUUUAUUGCUGCACUUACAGCAGCUGUGAAAACAAAUUAGAUCGUGCUUUUGGGGUACUUUACUGUUGCAAACGAGUACAAAAUGAAAACAAUCAUGCCCUGUCUCUUUUCUUUGUUACCCAUUUCAGCUGCGGGUGAGGCGGGCGGUGGGGGGUGCAGUUGGCCCAGGCCAGUCUUAACUUUGAUGAUUCAGAGCAGUGAAAUAUUCAUUGUGACUGUGAGAUUUCCUCGAAUGUACUGCACUUAAAUUUACCACAAUAUUUUGUUGCCUUGUGGGACCCCGAGCGGGUGAGAAAAAUUGUAUCAGCGCAGCGGCUCUCUGGUCUUAAAUUAGCAUUUCUUUUGUCAGUCAAAUUUCAGCGGCAAAUUGAAUUUAUUAACUGGACAGAACGAGAGAACGGGGAGCUUUUGUUGUGGAGAAAUACUGGCAUCGGUCUAGAUUUAUGAAGUGCAAUUAUAAUGACUGUAUUAACAUUUUUUUUUUCUCUGAGCUUACACCAAAAGAAAAAUGUAAACUACAGUUUUCAAUACAUUCCCAAUGUACCACAUCCCUAAUCUUUAUCUCUGGUUUCUUUGUUUUGAUUUGUUCUAAGGUGUAAAAUAAAUUCCUUUAAGAAUAUAUUCAGAAGCCAUACCUUGGCUAUGAAGUCUGUGAUUAUUUUUCUUCACAUUUGCUCUCUGGAGGCCAGUGGGAUCCUGGGCCUUUGUUUUAAUAGAUCUACCAGAGCCGUAAUGUAAUCUGACGUGCGAUUCCUUAUUGAUUAGAACCUUGUACUUUUGAUUGAUUUUCUAAAUGUUUGAACUUUGGCCAUCCCGAGAGAAAAGGAGAAACAAUGCUGCCAGAUAAAGUUUUUUUUUCCUUAAAUAAAAGCUGUUGUAUGGAUUAUGGAAGAAAACAGGGGAGACUAAAAAGUGUAAUCGGAACUUAAUUUCCUUUCAUUGUUACUUUAUGCAAAAAAAAAAAAAAAAAGAAAACUAUCCAAACUCUCAUCCGUACAUGUCGAACUAGGGCUGAUUUAGUUUUUUGAUGGCUGACAGAUAUUUCAGACUUGAAGAAUAAAAGCCUCUUGGCUUAAAUUUACAUAGUAAAACCUCAACAUUGCAGAGAUGCAUUAUGUUUCAGCAGCCAAAUUCUUGAGCCACAGUCUGAUUCCAGCAUAUUUUCUGCGUGGUAGAAGUAUUUUGACAGAUUUACACAUACGUCCCAUCCCCAAAUCCCUUCCGUUUGACUUCUGCAUCCAAGCAUUAAACCCUGUCACAUGAUGUUGCAGUGGAAAACGGGAGAUGUUUUAAGGCAGUGGAGUUUCUAGCGUCUGCGUCUCUCCCAUCCCCCUCCACCAGUGGAGAUCUGAGGCACCAGGCCUCCUCAGCUAACGGAAACAUUAGGUGACAUCUUGGCUACUGGACAUUGCCGUUCGAGAUUGUUAAUCCAAAAAAGUCGACUGAAAUCAAACCCGUCGCAAGGGAUUUCAGAAGAGAGACAUGGAUCGAAUCAUUGACUCAGAUCUUUCCACAUUACAACCACAAGCAUUUGGGAGUUUUGCGCGAUAGACACGAAUUAGUGCGCAGUUGUGAAGAGAAAAGAAGAGGUUUGAUUUCAACGUUUGUGAAAUGUUGUGUAUUCUUAUUCAUACCACCCGAGUCAACGCCGUGUGGAGACUGAGACUGUCCAUGCUUUGCACGGGGCCUCUGUGAAUUCAAAUCUUGCUGCAUAUUCCCAAAUUGACGUUGGUCUGGACUUUGACUGGGCCACUGAAGUCCUUCAAUCAUACCCACUUGCGUUAGCUGUGUGUUUAGGAUUGUUGUCAUGCAGGAAUGUGAACCGCGAUCUCUAAACAUUUGCCGUCUCUAACAGACCUUGUAGUGUCUUUAGCCAUCUCCCCCCCCCCCAACUCUGCAAAGCUUCCCUGAAGAAAUGCAUCCCCACAGCAUGAUGCUGCUGCCACCAUGUUUCACCCUGGGAAUGGUGUGUCCAGGGUGAUGUGCGGUGUUGGUAUUUAGCAACCAUGUGUGCAUGAGGACAAACAGCUGAAAUCCUCCCACAUAUCUGUAGUAAGCAUUGGAUUUUACUUAGAGGUGUCAAAGUAAAAGGAACUAAAUACAAAAUACACACCACACUUUUGAGAAUUGUAUUUAAAAGAUAAACAUGCAGCACUUUUCUUCCACUUAUCCACUGCUUUGUGCUUCUUUAUCAUCUAAAAGACGUUGGGGUUUGUGUUGUAGCGGGACUAAAAGGUGAAAAGUUCAAAGGCUCUGGCAAAACAUAACAAAAAUGGCUGCACAAAUGAGAGUUUUAAAUCAUUUUUAUGCAGCCCAGGCUGGUCCAGCAUCCCACCCCCCUCAAUCACCUCUUCUUGAAGCACAGGCUCCCAACUGUCUGUCCCUCUGCUCCUUCACACACAUUAAUGAGCCCCUGUUGAAGGCACGCAUCUUGGCCCUGCAACUCUGCUCCACUCCUCUGUUCCUCAUUCGGACAAUGGACGCUCAGCUCAUAUUAGGAUAAUAGAAUUAAAUUUCAAAUAGAUUUGUGCCUGGGCUGAUCCAGCCACGGCUCACUCAGCUGCAGAGGCAGAGUGGCAUAUGGCAGGUCAUUAUCUAAAGCCCACCCUUCCUCCACCUCCCCCCCCCACCCAAUCCAGGGCCAACAGGGUUCAGCGGCGCUUAAACAAACCGAAGGUUAGGACUGGCUGUCUGGCUGGCGUCGGAGGGGAGGACAGCAGGGUCUGAGUGGUGGUGGUGGUGGUUGGGAGGGAGGCGGGCGGGUGGUGUUGCUAUAUCACAGACGCCACAGCAUCUCUGAGGGCCUGAGUGCCGCACCAUGGCGCCCAGGCUUGUUUUAAAAGCCGGGCUGCGAUUGAUGGAGGGGGAUUUGUUUUCUGUUGGAUUAUACAUGCUCGCUCCCUGCUUGACUGAGGGGGCCCUGUGCAAUCUGACAGAGAAAAGAAGGAAUGGAUAAAAGGAAAAAAGGAAGGAUGCGGGUAAUUUUUGACUCAGAAAAGCCUCAAAGCGUUUGGUAAUCAGGAUAAUUGACAUGUCCCUUCAAAUCUUUGACUGGAGACUUAAUGUGUCUCGGUUCUCUGCAGAGAAAUCCUCUAUUUUCACUAACCAGAGAAACAUUUCAACUCAUCUUGUUCCGCGAGUGAUUAAUCACAGCAACGCCGCCUUCUGAUCGAGGACAUUUAAAUCUAUAACUUAUCUCUGAGGCUACAGCCCGCUAUUGACUGCUAACACGUUUUCAAGGGCAAUGAGAGGCUCAUGGAGGAUGGUUGGAGGGCAAAGUGUAGGAAAAGUGACUUAUGCUGGCUGUAAAAAUCCCUUAGUAAAUCCCAAUAAGUCCAUUAAGACCUUUGCCCUGUGUAAAGGUUUAUAGUCGCAUAUUAUGCACCUUAAAUACUGCUGAGAAGCAAAGGGGGAAGCAGGCUCAGCUCUUUUGCUCUCAGAGCGAGGGCGGGGAGGCGGUGGAGGAGGGGGGAAAAAAAGGCAGCCGCUUGCCCUGUGGAGUCCUGGCGACGCUUCUCUACCCUCCACACGGCGGGUGUGGUGAGGGUCCACUCCAGUCAUGUCCCUCCUCUUGUCUUCGAUCCUCCUUCGGAUCUGAGAUUGGACGAAUUUAUGACACCAGUCCUCUCCGAUUCCCUCACACCUGGCAGGAAAACACUUCCAUCAAUAAUUCACACGGUCCUAGAGAGAAUUGCAUCUCUAAACCACCAGCCACAGCUGUGUUGCACUAUGUGUCUUUGAAGAUGUGUUGUUUUAUCCUCACAGAUCUCUAAGGUUAAAAAUGUGAAGGCAUGGGCUUGUUAGUGGCACCAAGGUUUGCAGAAGCUGCAGUGAUGUUCCUAUAGUUUUGCUUUGCUGACAGCAGAGAAAGUGACAUUUUUUUUUCAUGCUCAAUGGAGAAAACCCUGCCCCUCCCACACGUGUUGCUGCGCAUUGUCUGUCAUCUGGCUGAAGGAGGGUUUUACACUUUUCCUUGCUUAAGAAAAAAAAAUAGGCUCUUAGGAAAUUUUUCUUUCAAAAAACGAAAUGAAACACGCUCUACCCAUCACUCUUUGUAAUUUGGCGCUGACUGUAAACUACAAAUGCUAAGAUCCGCUUGUAAACUACAGACUCGCUACACAAGCAGCUGAGUAUCGACGUGUCAGGCGUGAGCCAAUCGCCUCCAAGAGACGAAUCUUCAGCUGCUUCUUCUCAGCUCUCCUGAGAGUCCAUGCAGGCAGGACUUUACUUUGAUCAGUGCAAGCGGCAUCUUUCUGUCUGACGAUGAAGACAGCAAAUCUAAAUUCCUAAAUUUAAAAAUCAGGUAACGAGUAAAACUGCUCAGAUGCCUGUGAAUCUUUGCUCUGUCGUUAAUUUUAAGGUCUCACUAAAUUGUUAAACAAUAGUAAAAACAAAAUAAUGAUAAGAAGAUUUAUAUAAAAGCACUGAUUUAAAAAUGUGUAUCACAAACUAUUUAGAGUUAAAAAAAAAAAACUAGGUCAAAACGGUGAUUUGAUGAUAUUCUGCACGUUAAGCACUUAAAAAAAAAACGCAGAAUUUUUAUUUAUGUUUAGGGAUCUGGAUCAAAGUGCAGUAAUUCAAUGAUAAAAAUAUCAUACCUGUUGUAAUCAACCAGUACUGGAUGACAUAAUGUCAUGCAUUCUUUUUUUUUUGUAAUAUUUGUGUUUUUAUUGUGCACACCAUGGUAAUGUCUCUUAUAAGUUAGAGUCUGCUACGACGAGCCAUUGUUUGGACAGAUGUGAGCACCGCAGAUGUUAAAUAUAAUUUUUAUAAACUGUGCCACGAGGCAAAAAACCCGAAAAAAAAAAAAAAAACUUAACACACAAAGCUGAAUCUUUUCCCCUAAAGCCACCACUUCACAGCAGGGUGUUCCUGGAGCUUACACUGUUUUAUUCCUCUGUAUGUUUAAAUGAAAAAGCUUAUGACCUCCACAUAUUCAUCUGGUCUGCACAGACGGUCUAUUACUGAAUCCAAUCUAAACGCAAAAGUCUGAGGAUUUUGCUUUUUUUUCUCUCUCUCUCUCUCUCUUCUUCUCUCUCUCUUUUUGGAUUCUUUUUGCGGUUUGUGAGGCAGUUUCUGUGUCUUCGUCUUUUUUUCCCCCAGAUGAUCUCAAGUGCACCAACGCUGCCAAAGUACGAGGGUGCCGCAACCUUGAGAAAAUAAUAUAUAUGGAAAUGGGAAAUCUAUAAAGCAUCUCUCUUAUUGUUUUCCCUGCAGUACUGUGUUUUUUU